CACUAAUAAAGAAGGCACCAUCCUCCUGGCUUCCUCUGCUCGCCCCUCCGAAAAAGUAGCAGCACGGGGAGACUAGGAGGCACCGAGGCAGUCCACAACUCCACACUCGACAGAGAAGAGAGAUGGCGAUGCGGAUGGCGGUGGCUGCGGCGGUCGUGGUGGUGUUCUGCGUGCUGGCGCCCCCCUCGGCAGCGCAGACGUCGAGGACGCCGGACUGUGCGGCGAAGCUGGCGGCGUGUGCGCCGUACAUAAACACGACGGGGCCGCCGCCGGAGGCCUGCUGCGGGUCGAUCAAGGACGCCGUCCAGAACGACCUCAAGUGCCUCUGCGGGCUCUACGCCACGCCGGAGAUCUUCAAGGCCUUCAACAUCAACGUCACCCAAGCUCUCGGCGUCGCCAAGCGCUGCGGCCUCAACGACACCACCGAAGCCUGCAAGAGCCUUUCUCCCACCCAGUCUCCUCCAGGUUCUCCAUCAGGUGGUGGGAGCAACUCCGGUCAUCGCACCCUGUCAUUCGGAUUCCCAGGAUUGAUGAGCUUGUUCCUAGCUUUGUGGUCUGUGUUGGCAUAAGAUCCGUCACGCUAUUACUAGAUUACCUUUGUUUGGUCCCGCAAUAGAUGAUUUACUACAAUGUUCUGCUGAGAUGGUGAUGCUAUGGCUAUGUAUCGAUACAAUCAACAUUUGUUUUGCUGUGUAUUCCUAUAGUCCGCCAGUAGAGGUGAUGGAUCUGAACUAGAUUUUCUCAUCGCUUUCUUCAUUGUGCUGUAUUAAAUUUGGAUAAUUACAUCAAAUGUUCUUUGUACUAC